CGGGGGAAAAAAGGUGCACACUUUCAUAUUUAGUGAUGAAAAUAAGGACAGUAUUCUGGAUAAAUUAAAGCAAAAGCACCAUAUCAGUUUAAUGGAAACAAAAAACAAACAAAAACAGGAAGAAAAAAAAACGAAAUGGGAACAGAUGUACCGUAUGCAUUCUGAUCUUAUAAUUCAGUUGGAUAUUAUAUAUUAAAAUAAUAAUAAUAAUAAUAAUAAUAAUAAUAAUAAAAUCUGAAGGUGUGCAGAAUUUUUUUUUUGUAGUUCCGGUCGGUUGCCAUGGAUACAGUUUUUACGGUGAACAACAGGAAGUAUGAGAAGCCUCUCUGGGUGCCAUUCACCAGUGUUUAUGCAGAAGGUAGUUUAAUAUUUGGGGGAACGUCUCUCUCUCUCUCUCUCUCUCUCUCUCUCUCUGCAGGUUCAGUCGCUCUGCCUGACAGAUAUUAUCUUGAGGUAUGAGAAGUGACAUAUCGCUAAUCUCUCUUUAGGAGCCAUAAACACAAGAGGCCAUGUUUGUCGGUUGCAUAAGGACAAUGGAAAGAAGAGGAAGGGGUUAUCAGUUAAUUAGAACAGCGCCUCCUGUAUAUAGUGCAGCUCUGAGAUGGGCGGGGCCUACCGACCAUGACCGGAGAAAGUGGGCGGGGCUUGUUAGCGCAGAGCGAGGGAGAUGGGCGGGGCCUGCUAACCCAGCGCGAUACAAUGGCUCCGCCCACUUCUCCACAACUAGUGACAGUAAAAGACCAAGAACACAUGACCAAGAGGACAGGACACUGAUCCCCACCAUUCCAGCACCAUCUCAGGGUGUCUCUUUGCCAAGAAUUACUGACAAGGAUUUCUUAAUCACGUGCUUAACACGACAAAUUGAGUAUCUACACAUAUCUAAAGGAUUGAGUGCACCAAAGAGAGCUUCAUCAGCCAGGAGUGCCGAUUUGUUGCACGAGCCAGCCAUCUGCUGUGACUGGCCAGAAUCCGCCAAAGUUCUGAGACAUCAUCGUAAAAACAAGCUAAGGAUGCUGACACACAGGUGGAAGAGGCUUGGUAUCCAGGAUCCUGUCGGUGGUAACAGGAAUGACUACACACCUGAGCAGAGCCAUAGAAAGAACCAGCUUGCAAUGGAAACAGACUCUUUACUGAAAAUUACCCCCAUAAAGGCCAGUCAAGCUGCAGCUCAGAGUGAAAAUGGGGAAACAAAUGGCUUACACUGUUUGAGUUUGAACAUUUCUGGAGUUGGACUUUCAAAGGGGAAAGUAAGUGACAAACACUCGUCAUUUAACAUGUCAGGAUCAUCGGAGUGCCACACCGACAGCGACCUUUCAGAUCAAGAGCAGGAAAGCACUGAAAUGUCAAAGUGGGCAGCAGCCAUGGAAUUAGAGUUGAAGCCAGAGCCUUUUGACGAGGACCUGGACCUGGACUGUCUUUCCACAGAAACAGCAUUUUACCCAGAGGUUCUUCCUGCUUCACUCAAAGUCCUGGACUCCACACAGAGUCUGUCCUCUGAGAUACAGCAAAGUCUUUUUGUGUCUGAUCCUUGCCUUGCUCCUGUAAUAGCACGGCUGACAGAGUUAGAAAGGCUUCAGGCUGCUACUGUGCAGAAAGAACGAGCAAAACUAGCACGAUCCCAACCAGCUACUGCUAAUACACGAAACGGCAAUCGUUUGAGAAAAAGUGACCUUCCAGGAUGCAAGACAGGGAUUUCAAGGGAUGUGGAAAGCAACUCUGUUAUGUGUAGUUUUACCAAACUCAUGGUUUGUCCCAACUCUUCAUGCAGAUGCAGGCCUCAUACUUGCCCUUCGACAAAAUCAGGCCAAGGAAGCAGGAGCAAGUUACUACAUUCUACCUUACCUAAACAUCCUGACAAUCUGUCAGGCAGAUGCAAAAAAGCUGAAACUGUGCUCCCAGCUUUCUCUGUUAGUAUGAAGGUCCCCCAAAAACCCACAGUGCCAAACAGGACCAAGAGUCCACACACACAGAGAGACUCAACUUCUGCCAAAAAGGCAACCGUUCCUAACAGGAAAACUUAAUCCUGGUAUUCAUCAGUGUCGGAUGUUUGUCAUUUAGGUACUGCAGUCCUGUAAGGUUUUAAUUAUAUCGGGACAUAAGUAUGUAUAUCUAUGGUAAAAGGUAUUUAUUGCUCAAAAUAUAAGCACCAGAAAACAUGAAAAAAGACCACAGGAGUAUUACAACUUUUUUUUUCUUUAUUUAUUCAUGGCUUAUAUUGUCAUUAUACAAUGUGCAUCUGUUGAAUGAAUAUGAAUGCAGUAUUUGAACAGUUCAUUUGAAAACUCCUGAUGUCUGUGAAUGAGUGAAGAGAUGAUGGGCUUCUUUAAAAAAGGAUUUCAGCAAAAGGGUGUGUGACUAGUCAGGUUAUCCUCCUUGUAGGGCUGUAUAGUGAUCAGAAGAGGAAGGAAAUGUCGACUUACCCUAAAAUAAAAACAAAUUCAAGUUAGUGUUGAGGAUCACGUGUAAAGACACGGCUCAGUGAAAAAGAAAAAAAAAAGAAAAAAAAAAAGAAGGGUAUUAC